AUGGUUAUUCUCUCGGUAGCCGUCGUCAUCAUCAUCGUGGCGGUGGUCCGAGUAGCCGUGGUAGCCCGUCGGAACCAAAAUUCAGAUAUCUCCUGGCUCUGGAUGUGGAGUUUUAUUGAGGCCACCGUUGCCAACAUCGUCGCUUGCAUGGCUUCCUUCCGUCAACUGUUCAUGAAACAAGAUCAGCAGAGUCGUUACCGGGAGGCUGAGAAGCGCGUUCCUAAGCGCGUGCGCUUCAAGCCGGAGAAGCUUCAAGCCUCGUUUUUCUCUGGCACUCGUGGUAGCCUGCCGCCGGCAAACCCGAACCACAGCACCGGCGAGCGGUUCCAUGAUCUGACGGACUUUCGAAACAGUCCAGCGGCCAUUCUCGACGUUGCUGCACGAAUGCAAGUCGGAAUAGAGUGUGACAUCGUCAUCUAUGACCAGGAUUGGCCCUUCGGAGCCAAAGCAGCCAGAAUGCCAGGUGCUGUGAGCUGA